AUGACUGUCGGCUCAGUGUUGGUCACCGGAGGGACGGGCUACAUAGGCUCGUUCACUGCGCUUGCACUACUCGAAGCAGACUACAAAGUUGUGAUCGCAGACAACCUCCUCAAUUCCUCAGAAGAAACCAUCAAUCGUAUCGAGCUCAUCUGCGGAAAGCGACCCGAAUUCUUUAACGUCGACGUCAGAAAAGAGGAGGACUUCGACAAAGUCUUCAAGGCGCAUCCAGACAUUGACAGCGUGAUCCACUUCGCUGCUCUCAAGGCUGUUGGUGAAUCCAGCGAGAUCCCUCUAGAGUACUACCGUACCAAUGUCUACGGCACCAUCUGCCUCUUGUCCUCCAUGACACGCCACAAUGUAUCCAACAUUGUUUUUUCCUCUUCGGCCACCGUCUAUGGCGAUGCCACCCGCUUCGAAAACAUGAUCCCAAUUCCUGAAAUCUGCCCAAUCGGCCCCACGAACCCCUAUGGCCGUACCAAAUCUACGGUCGAAGCUUGCAUCACAGACCACGUGGAAGCCCAACGCAAUAGUCUUCUGAAGGCGGGAAAAUCUGGUGACCACUGGAACGCUGCUCUCCUCCGCUACUUCAACCCGGCAGGCUCGCAUCCUAGCGGUGUCAUGGGUGAAGACCCCCAAGGUGUACCAUACAAUCUCCUCCCAUUACUUGCCCAAGUAGCAAUAGGGAAGCGCGAGAAGUUACUUGUCUUUGGCGACGACUACGCAUCUCACGAUGGCACCGCCAUCCGCGAUUACAUCCACAUUCUCGACCUCGCAAAGGGUCACCUCGUCGCUCUCAACUACCUUCGCGAUCACCACCCUGGCGUACGUGCCUGGAAUCUGGGAACAGGCAAGGGUAGCACGGUCUUCCACAUGAUCAAAGCAUUCAGUGAUGCGGUGGGCAAAGACUUGCCAUAUCAAGUCAUUGGGAGGAGAGCCGGAGACGUGCUGGAUCUGACAGCUAAUCCGAAGAGAGCGAAUGAAGAACUGGGAUGGAAGGCAGAGAGAACAUUGGAGGAUGCAUGUGAGGAUCUGUGGAGAUGGACCAAAAAUAAUCCGCAAGGGUAUAGGCAGAGUCCGCCAAAGGAUUUGCUGGAGCAGUUGAAGAAGGAUCGAGAGAGUGGCAAGAAGUGGGUUUGA